AUGGAACUAUUCCCCCACUACUUUUUAUCCAACUGACACAUGAAAAACUUGAAAAUAUUUAAGAAGUUUUCAUCAAAUAUAAGAAGAAAUGGAAUAUUUAGCACGAGUGGAAAAUUUAAAAAUUUUACAAGGAAGAAUCCCGUAAGCAACCAAAGGCCCGUCCACGUACAACAACAGCACACAAGAUAUGACAAUAUACAUAACCUAAAUAAAAGAUAACCCCGAACAUUACACUCAUCUAAAUUAAACAAAAUACACUCCACAAAUGACCACCACCAUGGACUCAACCGAUGAUAUAACCUAUUUAAAUUAUUUGAGGGAGAAACCCAGCAUAACUAGCAGUUUUUUACUACAAAGCAAUGAUAUUGCGUUGGGAGUACAAGAUCCCACUUUGAAUUGUGAAACUAUCUUUGAAGAGUUUGAUGCUGGUACUCAUGCUUGGACUAUUGAUGGUUUACCAAUUUUUUUGGAUGGAUCGGUAAUUACAGAAGAUGCUUCUGGAGGACAAAUUAGUUUGGAGACUCGUAAAAUUGUUCUACAGGAAGAAAGCGAGUUGCCAGCAGGUACCAUCGAAUGUAAGGAAACGGAUGAAUAUCCUAUUGAGGUUCCAAGUGAAGGUUUCAUUACGUCAAAUGGUUUAUUUCUUCCAAACGAUGUCCUGUUGCAGUUGAACCUUCAAAGUGAAAUGCAGGAGAGUGAUGAGAACGCUCAAAGCGUUAAUACAGAAGGUAACGAGAUGGAAAUUAUUGUAAAUUCUGAUCAUCAAGUUUACGAGGUUAAUUUUAAAAAGAAAGAUGAUUAUAACAAAAAGAUAUCAGAUAGUUUGAUAAACAUAAAUGAUUUGGGGGCAAAUAAAAGGGAAACAAUUCAAUUAUUAAACCCGGAUGGGAGUAUAAUUAAUAUAGAUAAAGAUCAAUUAACUUCAAAUGGUGGAAAAUUUGAUACUAAUAAAGAAGUUGUAAUAGAUUUGGGGGAACAAAUAGAAACCGUUACGGCUUAUAAAUGCAAAAAAUGUUUGUAUUUAACAGAAUCGAUUGAUGAAAUAUCUCAACAUUUGAUUAAAAGAAAAUGCGCACAAAAUCCUCCUAAAACUCCAAUAAAAAUGAAAUCUAUCUUAAACACAAAUGUUAAUAAAAGCAAACAAGUUAUUCUUUUAUGUAGUGAAUGUAACAAAGGUUACACAAAUACCGAGGAUUUAAAAGCGCAUAUGAUAAAAAAUCACCAAUUAAAAUCUCAAACUGCAUCAGAUAAUAAACAAAAAGAAAAUAAAAAUAAAGAUGCCGGCGAUAAACAAAGAACACAAGAAUAUAUUAGUAUAAUUAAAAGCCAACAUAAGGCGUCAAAAAAAGUUAAAUGUUCGGUAAAAGGUUGCGAUUUACGUUUUGCAUUGGAAGAUUAUCGGUUAAGACACGAACAUUGUCACGUAAACGGAAAUAAAAAACAAUUCCGUUGUCCAACUUGCGAAAAACAAUUUUCUAUAUGGCGAAUUUGUAGUUUACAUUUAUGGAAAUGUCACGAAAUUGAUGCCGGGUUAUUAACUUGCGUUACAUGUAACUAUAAAGCAUUUUCUGCUCAUAAAUUAUUAUCCCACAUGUUGAUUCAUAAAGAACAAAAAGAAUUUUUAUGUAAUGAAUGUGGUAAACGUUUCAAACAGAUGAGUCAACUAAGAAACCAUCAAGUUUUGCAUUUGAAUCAUUCUCAAAGUGCCCCGAAUUGGAGUUCGCACAAAAAAUGCGAUAUUUGUAAUAAUAUUUUUGCCGAUUCGAAAGGAUUAAAAAAACACAUACAAAGUGUUCAUAAUAAAUUCAAACCGUAUGUUUGCAAUAUUUGUGGACAUAAAUCGUCGAGGAAAGCCAUGUUAGAUUUACAUUUACGACAACAUACAGGGGAAAAACCUUAUAGUUGUCAUAUUUGUUCUUAUAGAACGGGUGAUCAUAAUUCUUUAAGAAGACAUCUAAUGAGACAUGAAGGGACAAAAAAAUAUUCUUGUCCACAUUGCUCUUAUCAAUCAAUUCAAAGUGUAGCUUAUAAACAACAUGUUGCAACAAAACAUCCUGGAAAAGAUGGUGUACAUUUUUGUAAACAUUGUUCUUUUCAUAGUAUUAACAAAAAUAUUACAUUAAAACAUGAAAAAGCUCAUGAAACAAUUGGUAGCAAAACACCUCAAGGUCAACAGCAAGUUAACGUUGAAGGAGAUGGUUUAUGUUUAAUGGAUGAACAAGAAAAAUGUGAUGAUCCGAGUGGAACAACUAAAAAGGCUAGCAAAAUUGAAGAUGAUGAAGAAACUGAGCAUGGUUUUUUAACAUCGAUUCAAAACGACGAAACUGUGGAUACUGGAGGCAUAACGAUUCCUGCAGAUUUGGAAAUACAACAGGUUUAAUUAUUAUUUCAACAAAUAAGACUGGUUUGUUUAAAUGAAUGUUAGCAACUUUUAUUUUUUUGUUUCUUGAAACAUGUAAUUUCUUAUAAUGUUUCUUACAAUGUGAUAAUAAAAAAUAAGUAUUUUUACAA